GGGAGAGAGAGCGCGCGAGCAGCAGCAGCAGCAGCAGCGGCGCGUGCGGUGAUAUGGCGCUAAGAAUGAGUACAGCCCGCUAUCUCAGGAAUAACCCGAUCCAGCCGGGGAGAGCGCUGACCGCGCUGAUCCUGCUCUGCACCGUGUCCGGUGUGUGCGGCAGUCAGGUGAUGGUCCCUCCGAAGGUCAGUGCGGUGUUGGGGAAGAAUGUGACUCUGGGCUGCAGGAUCCAGGUGGACUCUAAUCUGAGUCUGACUCAGAGCUCGUGGGAGAGGAAGCUGCCCACAGGUUCCAUCACUCUGGCCGUGUAUAACCCCAUGUUCGGCAUCUCCAUCCCACCAGAGUACAUUCGCCGUCUGUCCUUUCGCUCACCCUCAACCCAUGACGCCACCAUCGUGCUGGAGGACGUGGGCUUUGCUGACAUCGGCAUCUACACCUGCAAAGUGGCCACGUUUCCUCUGGGCAACACUCAAGCUUCCACUACGGUCAGCGUGCUCGUGGAGCCCAAGGUUUAUGUAUCGGCCGGAUCCACGGCUCUGAUGGACGGUGGGAAUGACACUACGGUGGCGACCUGCAUCGCUGAGCGCGCUCGACCGCCGGCUGAGGUUUCCUGGGAGACGGAUCUGUACGGCACGUCCGAGGCGCACAUGGCGGACGACGCUAACGGCACCACCACCACUCAGGUGCACUACAACUGGCAACCCACCCGCCACUCCCAGGGGCACACACUCACCUGCGUGGUCAAACACCCGGCACUGCAGAGCAACUUCAGAAUCCCUUACAUCAUCAACGUCCAGUUCGCCCCAGACAUCCAGGUGGUGGGCUACGACGGCGACUGGUAUGUGGGUCGAGAGAGCGUCCAGCUGAUGUGCCGAGCCAAGGCCAACCCACCGGCGAACCACUUCAGGUGGAUCAGGUUGGAUGGGGAUAUGCCAGAGGGAGUGGAGGUGGUGAACAACUCCCUAGUGUUCCUCAGGUCUCUUCAGAGGAACGACUCUGGCGUCUAUAGGUGUGAGGUGGGAAAUGACAUCGGCCUGCGCAGCCGCGACAUCAGCGUGCGCAUUCAAGAUCCUCCUUCCACCACCGCUAAGCCUCCCACAACCCCCGUGCUCCUUCUAAACGCUGGCAUCUCUGUAACGGCGCCUGGCAAUAAGCAGAGGGCACUCUUCACCUCUCCCACCCUGGCGCCGCUUCACGAAGGCAACCUGGGCACCAUAGUGGGCGGGGCUGUGGGCGGAGCCCUCUUCCUUCUGCUGGUGCUGGUCCUGGGCGGGAUUUAUUUCCAGCGGCAGCGGCGCACCUUCCGCGGCGACUACUACACCAAGCAGUACAUCGGCCCCUCGGACAUGCAGAAAGCGCCGCAGCCCCACGAGCUGCAGCAGGUCUACAGCAACGACACGGACCGGUCCAGCCCCGACUCCAAACUCAAACAGAACCACGACGGCAACGGGAGCAUCUACCCCGACAAAGACCGAGAGGAGUGGGGCGACUUCGCCCGCGAGAGAUCGCCCAACGGCCGCAGCCGAGCUUUACGAGAGGCCAACGCCCAACACAACUACCACAACCAUCACAACAACCACCAGAGCUACCACCCCAACCCCCACCCUCACCACGUCAACCACCCACCCACCUUCCACCCCGCCCAGCACGACCACAGGAGCUCCCUCCAGCCGGAAGCUCGCAGGUAUCCUGCUCCUCAAGUCAUGGGCAACGGCUCCCCCUACCUGCCGGAGGAGUGCUAUGACAAUGAGUACGUCUCGCACACGGACGGCUCCAUGAUAUCUCGUCGGGAGUGGUACGUGUGACCAGCCUGAAGCAGCAGGAAGGGACUGCAAAGCGUUAAAAAAAAUGUUUUAAAAGACUUUAAACUACUUUACACGAGGGUAGAUGUAGUAGAAUAUGUAAACUCGUGCACCAUCUCUCUCUCUCUCUCUAAACCCGCUCACUUCGUUUUUUAGUUUUAUCACUUUUCAUUUUCAGGCAUGACCUCUCUCACAAAAAAACACUCAAUUAGAAGUUUUUAAGUCUUUGGGGACCAAAUUGUUAUAUAACUGAAACAACUGAGACAUUUUGUCUUAUCAGUAAUGAAGAAUACACUCUGUAGAAUUAAGAGAGGGUAUUUCAGUUUGAGUGAUUUCAGUUUAGUUUUUUUUUUUUUACAGAUAACAAAUAAAUAUCUUGAGUAUUUAAACAGAUUAUUUUUUUUUUCUCUAUUCAAUCAAUCUGUACAAAUUUCUUGUCAGUUUAUUGGAAAGCGGGAUGCGGCAGCGAAUGGGAGAGAAGCGAUUUAGACGGAUGAGAGUGUUUCGAAUGGCAGCGGCGUGAUGGACGAGUUCCCAUCAGUUGCCUGAACUUUCAGUAAUCUCAUCAUUCUAAUGGAAACAGAAAUUAGCCCCUGUCAACAGGGUGGCGGUUUCCAUGGCAACGUUUAAUUCUCUUCCCCAGGCAUUCGGAGCAGGGAGGGGGAGAGGGAGGGGCCGGGCGAGACGGGCUGAAGUGCACUGGAGCACAGAGCGAGAGAGAGAGAGAGAGAGCGAAAUGAUAGAGAGAGCGACUGCAACUACGGCACAGGGGAGGCUUUAUUCAGGUGUAUGUAUGUGUUUGUGUGUUUGUUUCACUGCUCCAGUGUUCAAAUAUCAAAUAUAUGAGGUUAAUCAAUCAUUUAUUGCAUAGCAGAAAUUACAGCCAUCGCUGUCAGUAUCAUUCUUCAACACUGCCCAGUGUUAACGCUGAUUAGAUUGUUCCAGAUCAACUAACAGCCGUUUGAUGUGACCUGUGGUUCUGAAAUCAAGUUAUGGUGCCUUUCUCUUAGAGCGCGUGUGUGUGUGUGUGUGUGUUUGUGUAUUAGGGCUGCAACUAUUGAUUAUUUUGGUAGUCGACUAAUCUAAUGAUUCCUUUUUUUGAUUAAGUAAAAUAAAAGAUAUGAAAGAAAGAGCAAAACGUGGGAUUUACUCAUGGGAUUUUACUUUUUAAAUGGCCAGAAUGUGUUUAAACACGUGGAAAGUGCUGAUGUUCAGUAGUUUAUAGGAGAAUUCCAGUGUAAAAUGGAUUUUAGGUGUAUUAAAAUGUGAUUAAAAAUUACUUUUGUGUACCUUUGUUGAAUGGCUCUCCUCCGCUCUCCUGCAGCUUUCUGAGAUCCAGCAUUUUGUACACUUUUGUGCCCAAAUGGGGCAUAUUCUUGCACCUGCAGAUAAAUCGCCUUCAUUCCACUGUUAUUCAGGCUCGAAGUAGCUCCACACUUCAUUGGUAGAAUCCAGAGAGCCCUAAUAUUUAAAACAGGCAUUUAGAGCUUUUAAACUGGACAAGAAGUUUAUUAGCCAAUAGCGUAGGUAAAUCUCUGGGCGCAAUAAGUCAACUGUUGAGCAUGAUCGAAUAGUAAAACAUUUUGAGCAAUUUUUAUGCAAUGUGUUGUUGGUUCUUUGCAUUCUUAUAUCAACAGUAAACAGAUAUUUUCAACAACAGCUGCAAUUCAUGCAUUUCCAAGGAAUUCAUCAUCAUCUGCUCAACUAUCCUACCUAUUCACUUUCAUGCUCGACAGUUGACUUAUUUUGUCUUACAUUUAAGAUGGCGGCGCCCAGAGAUUUAACUUCGCUACAGUUAGAAAACAGUGGCUUUUAAUAAACUUCUUGAGCAGUUUUAAAGUUUUUAAUGCCUUGUUUUAAAUAUCAGAGCUCUCCGGAUUCAUCCAAUGAAAUGUGGAGCUACUUUGAGCCUGAAUAAGGGUGGGAAAAAGCGAUUUAUCUGCCCCAUCUCACUCUUUCUAAAAUCUAAGAUCUCAGAAAGCUGCAGGAGAGCAGAGUAGGGCUAUUCAACAAAGAUAAGUACUUUUUAUCAUGUUUUAGUACACUAAAAGUCAAUUUCACACUGGAGUUUUCCUUUAAAAAAGUGCAAUCUGUUGUAUUUGGACACUUUUGGAGACUAAGUUGAAUAAAUUAAGUGUAAACUGUAUAAGUGUCUCAGAUUUCUUUCUCAAAUUGACGAUUAGUCGACACUUAAAUGAAACACUUUGCUGAUUAUAUCGACUAAAUGUUGCAGCUCUAGUAGUGUGUAUGCGUACAUAUGUGUGUGAAUGCGCGUAUAUCUACGUAUGUAUGUGUGUGUGUGUGUGUGUGUGUGUGAGUGCAUAUAUGUGUUUAUAUGUGUGUAUAUGUGAACACAGUCUGUAUGUGUGUAAAUACAGUAGGUGUUAACCUCCGCGGUAUAUUUGAUAAUGGAUUCAGCUCUCUGUGUGUAAUAGUGUUCUACAUCUCUGGUUCAUUCAGAUUCAGAUUUCGUGCAGUUGCGUUCACAUGUUUGUCUCUGAAGUGAGUUUGCUGACCUGGGAACAGUUUCCUGAAAGGAUCUUAGCAUUAAGAUCAUGGUAACAUGGAGAGAGAGAGAGCGGUAGAGAGAGAGAGAGUAUAUAGCAUAGUCAGUGUGAUGCUCUCUCGCCCAUCUACAAAUCAUCUUUGUGCUAAGAAGCUUUAGGGAAGCCCUCACCAGGUUUGAAGGAGAGUAAUAAAUAAUUCUCUGUUUUUCCUACAGCUGUGUCUAGGUCAGGGAGAUGAUUAGCAGUGCCUUAUUGUGAAGGUGCAGAUCAUUUACAGUGGCAUUCUGCAGGCAGUGGCUAUCACGGUCCUUCAUUUCUGGGGGACAUGAGGGGAAAUGAGGGGGAAUGAGGUGACGCAGCCAGUCCAGGUGCACCAGGGAGUGUCUCAGACUGGGCUGUUCUGUUCCGGAUCAUUUCCUGCUACUAUUUGCCGCCUUUGCCACCUUGGAAAGCCUUUUUUUUCGUGCGAUUGCUUGCGUAUGAUUGCUUGUAUGAUUUUUGUUUUUCUCUCGAAUAGUUGGACAAUAGCAUAUUUUGCUCACAGAAUACGACAUUUGUGACACUUAAGUUGCAAUGCACAAAAGAAAAAAAGGAAAUUUUGAUUUUUUUUUGUUAGUAAUAUCUCUUAAGUGUGUGUACAGAUGGAGGGGGUUCAGGUGUGAACAGAACAAAUGAACAGAAGAAGAAGUUGAGAAGAAGUGGUUUAUGUGUAUGUUAUGUUUUGGCGAUUCAAAAAAAAAAAAGUCUAGUUUUGUUUUUUUUGUUUUUUUAGUUUGUUUUUUUUUUUUGUUGUUUUUUGUCUGAUUCUACAGUGAAGCACGUUACAGCACACCUCCUGCCACUUACUUCACUGAUUGUUCCGAGUGAUUAGGUUCAGAUCUGUUCAGGUUCAUUGAGCGCUCGCUCGCUCUCUUCGCCAGAGCAUCUCGAUCACUUUUUUCUUUUUCUUUUUGUACAGAAGAGCUACUGUAAAAAAAAAAAAGUAAAAAUAAAUAAAUAAAAUAAAUGUUAGAAUUGAAAAACGGAAAGAAAAUGAUUCAGAGAUGAACUGUAUGGACCGUACGGAGCAUUAUUUUGUAAAAAAAAAAAAAAAAAACUUUUGGGAUACAUUUUGUUUUCAAAUAAAGCACCUUUUUUCUGUGA